AUGCCGUGCGCGUGGCUGCGCGGCAACGCGGGCGUGCACCGCGCCGCCCUCACCUCCGCCACCCUGCUCGUCACCACGCUGCUCGUCGCCUCGCCCGUGCUCUUCCUCAUCACCUCCAGGCCCCUGGAGCGCGCCAGCCUCGCCCUGCCCUGCGACGCGCCGGACGCGGACGGCUGCAAGGACGGCUACAGGGAAUGCUCCACGGACAUCUGCCGCCUCAUGGGCAAGAAGAUCGCCUCCAUGCUCAACUACUCGGUGGCCCCGUGCGACGACUUCUACCAGUUCGCCUGCGGUGAGUGGAGCUACUCCAAGGAGAAGGCGUGGAGCCGCUUUCCCUGGGGCUCGUUCAAUCAGCAGCCCUCUCUGCGGCCUUCGCUGCGGCCCGACCACCCGCCGGACCACUCGCCGGCCAGCGGCGUCGCCUCCCUCCAGAGCAGCAUCGAGCGACAAGUGCAAAGCCGUUUUUGA